AAAUGAAACAAGGGUGUAGUGAGAUAACGAGUAAUCCGAUUACAAGUCUUCGAGCGUAAAUCGUCAAUCCAGUGACCCCUCGUUGCUGUCAAAGCUGAACAACAGAACAAUCGAAGCCUGAUUUCAAAAUUUGGCGCCAUAUUCUGUUUUGGACAUCCCGUAAAGCCGUUGUUCAGUGUUGCGCCAAAAAUGGACUUUUGCAAGCUCUGCCUCCGAAAGUGUUCUCCGAUUUUAAUCGAGUGGGUGAACAACUCGAAAAGUUCCGAAUUUGUGGACGCGGUUGAAAGCAUUCUGCGAUUCCGCCCGGAAGUAGACAAUCUGACCAUUUGUGGUACCUGUUGGAUACUGGUCCAACUGUUCGGCACGUUUAUGGAGGGCUGCCGUGCGAUCAAAAACUUGAUUGGUCCGAAACAACAGCUGGCCGGUGUAGGGUCGGCAAACGACGACCACUGGCAAUCUGAUGAAACAGAAAAGGCGUUGGAUUAUUCCCUGCGGACGGUGCGAAACCACGUGCAACGGAUUAACUCCCUUGGAGUUGAUCGGGAGGAAUCGGCGGAUGACGAGAGAUCUCAACUGGAAGAAACCCAGAGUGAUUCGACCAUAACCGUGCUGCGGAUUUGCCGGAAAUGUUCCAGGAUUGUUGGCGACAGGAAGGAGCAUGCGCUGGUCUGCGAUGCCUUCAGCACAGCCGAUCCCAAGCGAACCUUCUACACGUGUUCGAUUUGUUCCGCCGAGUUUCUAGUUCGCUCCCACCUUCAGGUUCAUCUGAACAAGCAUAAUCGUGUCAAACCGUACAAGUGUCGCAAACGGUGCGACACGCACUUUUACGGGCGCGUUGGCCGACUCAACCAUGAAAAGACCUGCAAGCAUGCGGUUCGAGUCUGUUUCUACUGCGAGGUGAAACUGGAGAGUGCACGUGACUUUGCCGAGCACCUGGCCAGCGAUCACAACGUUGUGAGUUUUCUGUGAUUGUGUCGGUAGUUGAGAAAGAAGUCUUUUUGUACUUCAGUGCACUUCAAAGUUUAAAUAAUAAUGUUGAACAUAAAAUAAAUGCAAUUUUUAAAUAAAG